AUGGCCAUCGGUGAAGUGCCGGUACGAGUGAUGUGCGAAUCCUUGGAGGGCUUCAAGCUCCACGUGGAGGAUGUCGACGGAGUCACGGUCCCGAAGAUGUCUCUGUCUUUCUCCAUGAAGAUGAGCUUUCCCAUCCAUGACCUUCUCAAGACCCUGGUGUCAUGGCAGGAGCACGAGACAGGCUUUGCCCAGGAGCCCUCACAACAGCCCCAACAAGCGGUAGCAGCUCCCGAGAGUCGCCGACGUGCUCAGGAAGCCUGCGAAGCAGUCGAAAAUCCAGCGUCACCACUCUUGAAUGCUCCCUUGUAUGCCGACUACAAGUCCCAGAACAACUGGGAAAGAAUCUCUUGCCCUCACGUCGUUUUGCUCGAUGACGAGAUUGCACUCAGACAAGCUACCUUUGCUCCGCUACAGGCCCCAGACCGUGUGCCCAUGACCUAUGCGAAGUUCAAGGAGGCAAGGAGUAAGCCCGGCGCGGACUCUGCUCCUGCCCCGGGGAAAGGGCCACAAAUGAAAGUGCCACCAACCAACGUCGAGAAGGCUCCACCCGCUGGCUGGAGAACUCCGCCAGCUGCAGUCAAGCCUGUCCCACCAGCUUCUAUCCAGCACAAGCCGCCUCCCAUGGGCAAGCCGCCUCCUAAAGAUGGGCGGUACUGA